AUGUCUGCAAGAGCACCGCUGGUCGUUCCCGCUCUCAAGCGUCAUACUGCGACUGUCAUCUUCGCCCAUGGAUUAGGGGACAGCGGCUCUGGCUGGAUCUUUCUGGCCGAGAACUGGCGACGACGAAGCAAGUUUGAAGAAGUGUCUUUUGUAUUUCCAAACGCGCCAAAUAUCCCCAUCACAUUGAACAUGGGCAUGAAGAUGCCCGGUUGGUACGAUCUCAAGUCACUGAGCACUCUAGACGACCGCGACGAGGACCAAGAAGGCAUCCACCGGUCGCGCGACUAUUUCCACGCCCUCAUCGACCAAGAGAUUGAAAAGGGCAUCCCGGCAAACCGCAUCGUCAUUGGAGGCUUUUCACAGGGCGGCGCCAUGUCGCUGCUCUCUGGUGUGACGUACAAAAAGCAGUUGGGAGGCAUCAUGGGCUUAAGCAGCUACUUGAUUCUACGCCAGACCAUCAAGGACAUGAUUCCCACAGACAACCCAAACCAGAACGUCCCUAUCUUCAUGGCCCAUGGCGAUGCAGACCCAGUGGUAGCGCACAAGUGGGGAAAGCUGAGUGCGGAGGAGCUGGAGAAGCAUGGAUUCAAGGUGGACUUUAGGACCUACAAGGGAAUGGGCCACUCAGCGGAUCCUAGUGAGAUUGACCACAUCGAAGCCUAUCUUAAUAAACAGAUCCCGCCUCUGGGGGACGCGAAACCUGAGGGCUCGCUUUGA